UGGUCUGAUCUUUCAAUUCACCCAGCAGAUAAAAAUCUCCAUCCAAUUUAACUAGAUUUGAGCACCGCCUAACUCGAAACAGCUCUUCUCGAAUAGACCGACAGAAUGUGUUCCUUAACUUCCUUAACUUCCUUCAUUUUCCAGUCUCCCCUGCUUAUGUCCCGAGCCUUCUUCUUCUUUGCAUUGAGCACCUUGUGGGCUGGUCUGCCCUACCAGGUCCUGUCAAAGCAUGCAGGGGUCACCAGGCAUUACCAGUUUGAUAUUAAGCUUCAAAACGUGACGAGAUUGUGCCAAACCAAGAGCAUUGUGACUGUUAAUGGCCAAUUUCCGGGGCCCCGGAUCAUAGCACGGGAAGGUGACAGGCUCCUCAUCAAAGUGGUUAACCAUGUCCAAUACAAUGUCACCAUCCACUGGCACGGAAUCCGCCAGCUGAGGAGCGGAUGGGCUGAUGGGCCAGCAUACAUAACGCAGUGCCCAAUUCAGACCGGCCAAUCCUACCUCUACAACUUUACGGUUUCGGGGCAGAGAGGGACGCUGUUCUGGCACGCUCACAUUUCAUGGUUAAGGGCGACUCUCUACGGACCCAUCGUGAUCCUCCCAAGGAAACAUGUCCCCUACCCAUUUCCUCAACCCUUCACGGAAGUCCCGAUAGUCUUCGGGGAAUGGUGGAAAGCAGACACUGAGACAAUCAUAAACCAAGCAAUGCAGAGUGGAGGAGCCCCUAACAUCUCUGAUGCUUACACCAUUAAUGGCCUCCCAGGACCCCUCUACAAUUGCUCGUCAAAAGAUGUGUUCAAGCUCAAGGUGAAGCCCGGCAAGACGUACCUCCUCCGUCUCAUCAAUGCUGCUCUCAAUGACGAGCUCUUCUUCCGCAUUGCAAACCACUCGCUCACCGUGGUCGAGGCCGACGCGGCCUACGUGAAGCCCUUCAAGACCGACACGGUGCUGAUCACCCCGGGGCAGACCACCAACGUCCUCCUAAGGGCCAUGCCACGGGCCCCCAAUGCCACCUUUGUUAUGGCGGCCCACCCAUAUGCCACCGGCCCAGCUGCCUUUGACAACACGACUGUCACUGGAUUCCUCGAGUACGAGCGUCCGAAAUCCUUGAAGGCCAAGAGCCGGAAGCUCCCUCUCCUCAGGCCCAAGCUCCCAAAGUUCAAUGAUACGGCAUAUUCCAUGAAGUUCAACCGCAAGAUCCGCAGCCUGGCCAGUGCGAAGUUCCCCGCGAAAGUGCCGCAGAAAGUGGACCGGAGGUUCUUCUUCACAGUGAGCCUAGGCCUACGCCCAUGCCCUGAAAAUCAGACCUGCCAAGGGCCCAACAACACCAAGCUGGCAGCCUCAGUGAACAACGUGUCCUUUGUUUUGCCUAACACGGCACUCCUUCAGGCCCACUUCUUCAACAAAUCGAAGGGGGUCUACACUCCCGACUUCCCAUCAAACCCGCCAAUCAAAUUCAACUACACGGGCACGCCGCCCAAGAACAUCAUGGUGACAAGUGGCACCAAGGUGGUGGCGCUGCCGUUCAACACGAGCGUCGAGCUGGUGAUGCAGGACACGAGCGUAAUUGGGGCGGAGAGCCACCCGCUUCACCUCCAUGGGUUCAACUUCUUUGUGAUGGCCCAGGGGAUCGGGAACUUCGACCCCAAAAAUGAUCCCGCUGAGUUCAACCUGGUGGACCCGGCGGAGAGGAACACGGUCGGGGUGCCUUCCGGGGGUUGGGUUGCCAUCCGCUUCCUAGCAGACAAUCCUGGAGUAUGGUUCAUGCACUGUCACCUGGAGGUGCACACGAGCUGGGGACUGAAGAUGGCAUGGGUGGUGACGGACGGAAAGGGCCGGAAGCAAAAACUUCCACCCCCGCCGUCCGAUCUUCCCAAGUGCUGACGAUUGGCUUCGUAGAAAGAAUGUUCAUUUUUGUACUUCUCAUCCUAUCUUAGGUUCAAUUCUUUAUUUUCUUCGGAAUUUUUGUAUAAGCAAUUUUGUAUUGCAACUGUUUAGGCUCAAAACACUACAUCAAGUGUAGAAUUGUUUAGCCAGCUUCCAUUCAUGUUCUUACUCAUCAUAUUUUUCAUAGUGGGAAAAUAUUGUUUUGGUACGA